AUGGAGAUGGAGAACCAGAGCCACAUCACUGAGUUCAUCCUGCUGGGGCUACGCACCCCGCCAGGGCAAAAAGAGCUGUGCUUCAUGCUGUUUCUAGCUCUGUACCUGGUCACCAUAGCGGGGAACCUGCUUAUCAUCCUGGCCAUCGGCAGUGACUCACACCUCCACUCCCCCAUGUACUUCUUUCUUGCCAACCUAUCCUGUGCUGACAUCUGCUUCUCCUCCAUCACUGUCCCCAAGAUGCUGGUCAACAUGCAGACAGACAACCCAGCCAUCUCCUACACUGGAUGCUUGAGCCAGAUCUUCUUUAUCCUGUUAUUUGGAGAUCUGGACAAUUUCCUCUUGGCUGUAAUGGCAUACGACCGCUAUGUAGCCAUCUGCCAGCCCCUGAGUUAUGUCACAACCAUGAGCAUCCGGCUUUCUGCACUGAUAGUGGUCACCUGCUGGGUCCUAACUGCUGUCCAUGCACUGCUCCACACCCUCCUGGUGGCUCGGUUGUCCUUCUGCACAGACAGGGUGAUCCCCCACUUCUUCUGUGACUUAUCCACUCUGGUGCAUCUCUCCUGCUCUGACAUCUCUGUCAACAAACUGGUCAUCAUCACUGUAGGGGCAGCAGUGGUGGUGGGACCGUUCUUGGGUAUCCUGGUCUCCUACACCCACAUCUUCUGUACAGUCCUGAGAGUUCCCUCUGCCCGGGGUCUGCAUCGAGGCAUCUCCACCUGUGGCUCCCACCUGGCCGUCGUGUCCCUUUUCUACGGGACUGUAAUUGGCCUUUACCUGUGCCCGUCCCCUAGCCACUCAGCGGAGCAGGGCACUGUGGUGGCUUUGCUGUACACGGUAGUAACCCCAUUGCUCAACCCCUUUAUCUACAGCCUGCGCAACCGUGCCCUGCUCCAGACACUGUGCCGGACCCUGAGCACAUUCUGCCGAAGGAAAACUCACUGUACUGGUGGUCUUCAAGCAAAAAGGGCUGUGAACUGCAUGGUUUGCUAUGCCCUUACCAAGGUGGGUGAGGGUCUCCUGAACAGCUGGACCUACAUUGCUCAACGGUCCCUCUGGGAUGUGAACCCAGAUCACUUCUGUUUUGACCAGGAAGAACCUCCAGCCCAGUUGAGCCCUCAGACACUGCUCUCUUGCACCAAGGGAGGGAUGGGUGGGCCACCCAACAAGAUCACACUGAGGUGUGACAUCACAGCAAACAGGAACAAAAUUCAAAGUGCCUUUGAUGGAGUGAACCACCUGCUAUGGGAAAGCUUAUUUUUGGUGGCCAUAGGCUCCCACAGCCGUCUCUUCUAUAGCCCCAAAUCCCUAAAAGAUGAGCCCCAUGGACAUUUCCUGACCAGUGAAGACCUGCCAGAUUGUGGGUGCAAGUGCAGAGAGGAGCGUAUUGUCAAUAAAAAUGUCAGAGACCCGUCAGAGAUAUUGGAUGAUGAUUGGAAGUAG